AUGGAUACUCUCACAAAACUGCGUGACGUUGUCGCGGCAACGUAUACAUUGCCGGAGACAUUUAUACUCCCAGUACAGGACUAUAUCUACAAGGCUUGCGAAACCCUCGUCGGCCAACACCCCGUGCUUUCUGCAAUCCCUCUGCGGGAAGACACCAAUAAACCCUACUGGGCACGUCUCCCAGAGGUUGACCUCGGUCAUGCAGUUCAGUUCAGACAACGCACCGUCCCCAUCUCUGAAACGGAUGACCACGACUCUGAGCUGAACGAGGUCCUGCAAGAGCAGCAUAACACCCCGUAUACCGCUCCACAUCCGUACUGGCGGCUCUGCGUCUUGACCGAGACGACAGAGUCACGUCGCUUCACAGCAGUCUUCGUCUUCCACCAUGCGCUUGGCGAUGGAACCUCUGGAAAGGUCUUCCAUCUGACCUUCCUGCAGGCGCUGCGAGCCGCAGCGUCCCUCGCACCCGGCGAAGCCAAACAAACCAUCCCAUCGCCGGAUACCCCUCUUCUCCCGUCGCUGGAGGAAGCCCACCCCCUGCCUCUUAGCUUUGGCUUCCUCGCAAGCUCGAUCUGGCACGAGGUGAUCUGGCCCUCGCGGAGCCCCAGGUUAUGGACCGGCUCGGAAAUUCGCCUCCCGCUGGCGACUCGCAUCCGACACAUCGUCUUCCCAGAGAGCACCGCCUCAGCCUUCCGAAAACUCUGUCGUCAGAACGGCACGACCGUCACUGCGGCGCUGGACACUCUCAUUUCGCGCGCGCUGUUCCGCCACGUCCCCGCGCAAUUCACGCAACUGCAGACCUCCAUCCCGAUGUCCUUGCGGAAAUUGCUCCCCGACCCCAUCUCAGAUGAGUCCAUCGGAGUCUGGGUCUCCGACAUCAAGGAGACCUUCGAGCGGAGCGCAUUGGAGACGGAGUCCUUCCCGUGGAACGAGGCGAAGCGAGCGCGUGAGACGAUCGAGAAGGCGGUAAAUCGCGGGGCUAAGGAUGUAUCUGCCGCUCUCUUGAAGCUUCUCAACGACCUCCACAAGUACUUCCAGGGCAAGUUGGGGAAACACAGAGAUAAUAGUUUGGAGGUGUCGAACAUCGGGGCCGUGGUUCCGGCUGAUGUGGGGAAUGAUACGAUCCCGCAGAUCGGCCGGGUGGUCUUCACGCAAUGUGGGAGUGUUGUCGGCUCUGCUCUUGAGACUUGUGUCGUCACUGGUGGCGAUGGAUGUCUGGUGUGGUCGUUCUGCUGGCAGGAAGGUGUGGUUGAAGAGGAGCUCGUUAUGUCCGCCAUGGAAACGGUGAAAACGGAGUUGAGUUCUCUGUGUUCUACAUGA